CCGGUUAUGAAUUGGGGUUUGUUGGACUUGGUCCUCCAUAUAUUCGGCAUCUAAUGCACCAAACGUUUUAUUUAUUAUCUUCCAGUCAUAUUUCAUGUUACUGAUUCAUGAACACAGCAAAGAGGAAUUGGAGGAAUAAGACACAGAAGCGAGUAACUGCUCUUAACAGAGAGCUUCCUCCACGAAAUGAGCAAUUUGUCUUAGAUUUUGGACAGCUUCAGAGCCAAUUUGCUGAUCAGGAACAACUACGUGCAGUGGCAGAAUCUGUUCUUAUUUCUCUGGUUAUUCAGUGCAGCAGUCACGCACCUCAUGCAGAAUUUCUUCUCUUCGCCAUAUGCAGUUUGUCUAGUAUAGGAUACAUAAACUGGGAUACGUUCUUGCCUUCUCUUCUUUCCUCAGUUUCAUCUACGGAGAUAUCCGCAAGUCAGGGCAAUCAGCUAUCUGGUGCGGUCUCUUCUGCUAAUUUAACACAGUCUGGAUUGCUGCCAUCUUCCACCGCAGUAGCGAGUACCUCUAAUUUUCAUUCAUCAAAUCCUGCAUCUCCUUUGCCUACUGUCCAUGGUAUUGGGUCCCCUGUUCAGUCCACAGCUGAACCAUCAUCUUCUGCUGCUUUGUCUCCCAUGAAGUCUUCUGAUGUUAAUGGCACUAGCCAACAGUCCAUCGCAAAAGUGAAUUUAUUGACAAGGGAUAAUGCUGCAAGCAGUCUGCGUCAAAUAUGUUGCAAAAUUAUUUUAACUGGUCUAGAUUCUAGUCUUAAGCCAGGAACACAUGCCGAAGUUUUCCACCAUAUGUUGAACUGGUUGAUUAAUUGGGACCAAAAGUUACAUGGUGUUGAUGAAUUUGAUAGUGCGAAAUAUUGGAAACCAGAUAAGGCUCUAAUUGAGUGGCUACACAGCUGUUUAGAUGUUAUUUGGUUGCUGGUAGAGAAUGAUAAAUGCCACAUACCAUUUUAUGAACUUCUCCGGAGUGGGUUGCAGUUUUUAGAAAACAUACCAGAUGAUGAAGCUCUGUUCACUCUUAUUUUGGAGAUCCAUCGGAGGCGAGAUAUGAUGGCUAUGCAUAUGCAAAUGUUGGAUCAACACCUUCACUGCCCUACAUUUGGGACCCCUCGACUUCUGCCUCAAGCCACUGCAAGUUCGUCCGGUGAAGCAGUUGCUAACAUGAGAUAUUCACCAAUUACAUAUCCUAGUGUGCUUGGGGAACCACUGCAUGGAGAGGAUCUUGCAGCAUCCAUUCAAAAAGGGAGUCUGGAUUGGGAGCGAGCUUUGCGUAUUCUAAAGCAUGCUCUUCGUAACAGUCCAUCACCAGACUGGUGGAGGCGUGUGCUUCUCGUGGCUCCCUGUCACAGGCUUCAUGCCCAGGCUCCAACUCCGGGUGCCGUUUUUACAUCAGAAAUGGUUUGCGAAGCAGCGAUUGAAAGAAUUGUUGAAUUAUUGAAGUUGACUAAUUCAGAAAUCAAUUGCUGGCAGGAGUGGCUUAUCUUCUCAGAUAUAUUCUUUUUUCUCGUGAAAAGUGGAUGCGUUGAUUUUGUGGAGUUUGUGGACAAGUUAGUAUUGCGACUUCAAGAGGGUGAUCAACAAAUACUUAGGACGAACCAUGUUACGUGGUUACUUGCACAAAUUAUUCGGGUUGAACUAGUGAUGAAUGCUUUAAAUACAGAUUCAAGAAAGGUGGAGACAACCAGAAAAAUUCUUUCGUUCCAUAAAGAGGAGAAAAGCUCUGAUCCCAAUAAUCCUCAAAGUAUCCUACUUGAUUUCAUUAGCAGUUGUCAGAACUUGCGCAUUUGGACACUAAAUACAGCAACAAGAGAAUAUUUGAAUAAUGAGCAGCUACAAAAGGGAAAGCAAAUUGAUGAAUGGUGGAGACAGGUAAACAAAGGAGAACGCAUGAUGGAUUAUAUGAAGUUGGAUGAUAGAUCGGUUGGGAUGUUUUGGGUUGUGUCCUACACAAUGGCCCAGCCUGCUUGUGAAACUGUAAUGCACUGGUUAACCUCUGCUGGGGUUACUGAGCUUUUACCUGGACCAACUUUGCAGUCUAACGAGAGGUUAGUGGUGAUGCGUGAAGUUAGCCCGCUGCCAAUAUCAUUGUUAUCAGGAUUUUCCACAAAUUUGUGCUUGAAACUGGCUUAUCAGAUGGAAGAAUCAAUGUUUUCUGGACAGGCUGUGCCUAGCAUUGCUGUGGUUGAAACAUACUGUAGGUUGAUGCUCAUUUCUCCCCAUUCGUUGUUUCGCUCACUCUUAACUGUAACUUCUCCUCUUUUCCCUCCUAAUAUUCCUUCUUUGGUAUUUAAUUCUCUGGCAUGUCACUGCAUUUUCUUCAGAACUACAUUCAUUCCGUUAAGCCAGUAAGCAAAAGAAACCUCCUGAGAAUGUCACUUUUGGUUAUGUGCCAAAUUUGCUAUAAUAUCUGCAUAAGUUACUUUUAUCAUGUUUCAAUACUAUUUUGCUUCGUAACAGUCUAAAAGGAAAAUGCUAUUGUUGAGUUACUCCACCAAAUAUAACUUAUGAAUUGGAUAGAGUCCUCUGAUUUCAGACAUCACACUCUAGGUUGAGAACAAGUAUUUAUGAAGAAUCUGUUGCUUGUUCC